AUGAAAGGGACAGAGACAGAGACAGAGAGAGGGAUAGGGACAGAAAUAGAGACAGAGAACGAGACCGGGACAGAGAUAGAGAACGAGACAGAUAUCGAGAUGACAGGUACCGCGACGACAGACGAAGGGAGUAUCGCGACGACCGCAGAGAUGACCGCGAACACGCAGGAUGUUAAAUCGCAAACGCCGCCCGUGGAAGACGAGAAACUAAAGGCCAAACGCGCCAAGUUAGAGGCCUGGAAAAAAGAGCGCGAGGCGAAGAAAGCUCUUGAUGAGGCAAAGGCAAAGGCUAUGGCAUUGGCUGGAAAGUCUGCACCAGCACCGACUCCUGCCCCCGCAAAAACGACCGUUCACUUAAAUCGCUCGGCGCUGAGUGGACUGGGCUUAAAAGGAUUGCCGCUCAAGCCCGACUUGCUCAAAGUGUCGAAAUUGUCGACGAAUGGGGCGCUGGACGAUUCUGUGGAAACGAAGCGCAAACUCGAGACGCUCGAUCUGCCCGAGGUGGACAUGACUAUGGCGGAUGGACAGGCGAGCGUCGGAGAUCUCGAAGUAGACGAUGACGAGGACGAGGCAAAUGUCGCGGACGACAAGGCCAAGCCCGAGGAUAUUGUGGACGAGGACGAGGAUGAAGUUGACCCGCUAGAUGCAUUCAUGAGCGGUGUCAAAGAGGAGGUGAAGAAGGUCAAUAUGGAAGACUUGAAGAAACUUAAGGUCAAUAGCAAUGGGAGUGCUCGUUUGGACAGUAACCUGAUGGAUGAAGGUCCAGACGAUGCCGCUGAAGGUCCCGAGAUUGAUGAACUGGAUGCCACGGAUCUCAAUCCUGAAGAUAUUCUGGCACUUGCAGCGAAAAAAGCAAAAAAGAAAGAUCUCGCUGCUGUGGAUCACACGCGUGUCCAUUACGAGCUAUUCCGCAAGGAGUUCUAUAUCGCUCCUCCAGAUGUAGCUGCAAUGAGUGACGAAGAAGCCGAUCUGCUACGACUCGAACUCGACGGUAUAAAGAUCCGUGGUGUUGAUUGUCCGAGGCCAGUGACAAAAUGGAGUCAUUUUGGACUUCCGGCAAGUUGCUUGGACGUCAUCAAAAAGCUCAACUAUGUUGCACCAACACCCAUUCAGGCCCAAGCAAUUCCUGCCAUUAUGUCCGGCCGAGAUGUUAUUGGUGUUGCCAAAACAGGUUCCGGAAAGACUAUUGCCUUUUUACUUCCACUUUUCAGACAUAUCAAGGAUCAACGACCACUUGAGCAGAUGGAAGGUCCAAUGGCGGUGGUUAUGACACCAACGCGAGAGCUGGCGGUACAAAUUCACCGGGAGUGUAAGCCUUUCUUACGGGUUUUAGGUCUCAGGGCUGUAUGCGCAUAUGGAGGUUCGCCAAUCAAAGACCAGAUCGCUGAGAUGAAGAAAGGUGCGGAGAUCAUCGUGUGUACACCAGGCCGGAUGAUCGAUCUCUUAACCGCAAAUUCUGGGCGUGUUACCAAUCUCAAGCGCGUAACGUACUUAGUACUUGACGAAGCAGACCGAAUGUUCGACAUGGGUUUCGAACCUCAGGUCAUGAAGAUUGUAAACAAUAUCCGACCCGAUCGACAGACUGUACUCUUCUCAGCAACGUUUCCCAAGCAGAUGGACUCUUUGGCGCGGAAAAUCCUGCGAAAACCUCUCGAAAUUACUGUUGGUGGUAGGUCAGUGGUUGCAGCUGAAAUCGACCAAAUUGUCGAAGUCCGAGAAGAAGAUUCGAAGUUCAAUCGCCUUCUGGAGAUUCUUGGCCAGACUUAUAACGAAGAUCCCGAGUCGCGAACACUGAUUUUUGUCGAUAGGCAGGAGGCUGCAGAUAAUCUUCUCCGAGAACUCAUGCGGAAAGGUUAUCUCUGCAUGUCCCUGCAUGGUGGCAAAGACCAAGUUGAUCGUGAUUCUACUAUUGCUGAUUUCAAGUCUGGUGUUGUUCCAAUUGUCAUUGCUACUUCCGUAGCUGCCAGAGGAUUGGAUGUCAAGCAGUUGAAAUUGGUGAUCAAUUAUGAUGCGCCGAAUCAUAUGGAAGACUAUGUGCACCGUGCAGGUCGUACUGGUCGUGCAGGGAACAAGGGAACAUGCGUCACCUUCAUCACUCCUGAGCAGGACAGAUACUCCGUUGACAUCUUCAGGGCUCUCAAGGCCAGCGACGCAGAUGUUCCGAAGGAGCUUGAAGAGCUUGCAAACGGUUUCCUGGAGAAAGUGAAAUCAGGCAAGGCUAAAGUGGCAGGAUCCGGAUUUGGUGGUAAGGGUCUUGACAGGCUAGACCAAGAGCGAGACGCCAAGGAAAGAGCGGAGCGCAAGGCGUACGGCGAACCAGAGGAGGAAAAGGCUGUGGAGGAGCCCGCGGCUAAGGCGAAAGAGCCUGUGGACGACAUGACAUUCGGUAGCUUCAAGGUCGAAGUUAAGCGCGGACCUGCUCCCGACUCCUCGAAAGGCCUUCUUGGUGUCGCGGGCGCUGCCGCGGCCGCGCGACGUCUCGCACAAGCCAAAGAAGAAGAGAAGAUUCAGAAUUCUCUGCGUGCGGCUGAGGAAGCUGCUGCGCGAGCCGGCAAAGAUACAGCAGCCCACAAGCAGGCCGUUAGCGUCGUCGCGAAGCUCAACGCUCAACUCAGAGCGCAUAAACUUGUCGCUCAAUCACAACUGCAACACGAGGAUCUCACUGGGAAGAAGGCGAAUGCGGAUGCGACGGAAUUUCAUGCUAUCAUCCCGAUUAAUGACUACCCGCAGAAGGCGAGGUGGCGAGUUACCAACAAGGAGACUAUGGUGCAGCUCAUCGAUAUGACCGGCGCAUCAGUGACGAACAAAGGUAUCUACUACGAGCAAGCCAAGGAGCCUCCUCCAGAAGGCCCUCCCAAGCUGCAUCUGCUCAUAGAGUCCAAUGAGGAAUGGCGGGUUGAACAAGCCGUUCGGGAAAUCAAACGUCUCCUUGUUGAAGCUUCUGCGGCAGCAUUACAAGCGGAAAUGCGCAAUCCCACCGCUACAGCGGGGCGUUAUAGUGUUGUUUGA